UUUUUUUUUUUUUUUUUUUGGAAUGGGUAAGAAGAAAGCUUGGGUGUUUUGUGGGGCUUUUGAUUGGUUUUGUUCGCUUGAAUUGUAUCGUGCCGGUGUGAAAUUAUGCUAAUUAUUGAAACUUAGUUAAUUUGCAAACGUGUUGUGAGCGGCGGCACAAGGAGUUCUGCACAGGCGAGCGGUGAAGUAGUCCAGAAGGGCCGAGAAAAGUCCUGAAAGGAAAGAAAAGAUCAAGUUAGUAGUUAUUGACAAAAUUAGGUUAUAAAAUCAAUAUGAAUUCGCUAAAUUAUAAAAUUACUUACCUGCAGUUUCUGCAUUUGGAAUCGCGCACGUAGCUGGUGAAUUGGAUAGGCAAAUCAGGAAACCAAAUGUAAGUUAAACUGUAGACACUUUGAUGAACGCUGAAUUAAUAAUAAAUAUUAGCUUUUAGCUGUUAGUUACCAAGUAAAACUGGUCCACUCUGCUGAAAAGAGGUUAUCCGAUUCCCGCAAUAUAAUCUAAAAGAUUUGCCCAAUUAUGAUGCCAAGCACUAGCCAAGUACGAUGGCGGAACUAGCGGAGACGACGAACGUUGUUCUGGAGAAACUUUUCGUGACGGAAUCAGGGUCAGGUGCUAGGGUGGUCGACAUGGAGCCACCAGCUGGUACAUCCGGUUCAGUUCGCGCGUUGGCAAGUUUUUCUCGGGAAUGCGAAUCUGAGGAGCUCUAGUAAGAAGUUCAUCUUGAGGAAACGACGGUACCAACUCGAUCUGGAAGUAGUCUCAAUCCUGCAUCUGCCACAAACGCUCUAACUGCUGAGGUACCAACGUCCCCGAAUGGCAUUUCCGGGAAUUCAUUUGCGAACGAUCUGGUGUAUCAGGACGCUUCACUGCAAAAGCCAAAAGACUCCUGCUGUCCGGAACAAGCGGAAUCGUUCAUAUUGCUGGACGGACAUGAUGAGGAUGUGGACGAGUUUCGGUCCACAUCCUCAUCAUGGAUGGUCGGCUAAAGUUGAAGGAAGAAGAACUCGUAGGGCAAGGAAAAGGAACGCUACUACAGAGGACUUCUUCAGGGCAACAAACUGUAGACCAGAAGCGGCAACUUCCACAGAAGCCUACGUGUCAGCCGUUGCAGAGCAAUGCGUUGCAAGAUUCCGGAGAAGACAGUCUCACGACGACCGAAAAAGGAUCUAGGCAACUUCUGAGCUGUGGAACGACAGUGAAGGAAGAAAUCAAUCGCUUUGGCCAGACACAGAUCGACAGCGCGUUUGUCGACACCAGUCGAAGGUGUGGAUAUUCGGGUGCAGCGAAGAAGGUGGUCUGGUUGAAAGCGAAAAAGAAGAAGCUGAUCGUGCGCACGGAUGAGCGCGAAAGGAGUUUGCUGCUGAAAGAGCGGUGGUUGAUGAUGGGUAGGAAACCAGCGUCACUCACAACAAAAACUCGUCGAAGCAAUCCGUGGCGCGGAACAGUUGGGUGGAGGUACACCGAUGGGUGGAGAAAGAUAGGGCCUGUAGCAGGUCGUGGCAGCACGGUGUGGGACUGGUACGAAAAGGUGCCGCAUCGACGCUGUAAGCGAAAGUACGAGUACGUGCCGAAAUUGGAUCAGCAGCAGUUAGGACUGCGGAUGCUGGAGGAAGAGGAAGCUGCUUUAGAUUCGGAGUUGGUUGCCAAAGGUGCUCGCAAGAACAACAGCUCGGCAACGAUCUACGCAUUCUGUGUCGAUUCGUCGGCGCAGAUGACGAAGAACGAAAGAUUCCUGAGGAGUUGGACACUGCAGUUGGUGUUGGGGGAACGGCCAAGCAGGAUCCAGAUCUUCGAGCAGGAUCCAGAACGAUCGAUGGACGAGAUAAGGCGAUGCAGCGGGCUGCACAACGAGCGCGCAUUGGUAGUAGGUGUGUAAGCAUGGACCGGAAGUGCCGGACCAUCUUAACGGGUCGGGGUAUGUUGAGACGUCGCGCUCGGUUGAAAUACCUCGUACGUACACCCCUCGUAUGGGCCGAACCCAAAGUGGGUAACAGUCAGGCAUGCUGUGAGUAUGUAUGACUGACAGAGCGGAAUGAGCGAAUGUAAACAUUGCGUAGGAAGAGGAACGUAAAAUUGGAUUUUUGCUCGAAGAUAAAUUGUAUCGUGCCAGUGUGAAAUUAUGCUAAUUAUUGAAACUUAGUUAAUUUGCAAACGUGUUGUGAGCGGCGGCUCAAGGAGCUCUGCACAGGCGAGCGGUGAAGUUGUCCAGAAGGGCCGAGAAAAGUCCUGAAAGGAAAGAAAAGAUCAAUUUCUGCACUUGGAAUCGCGCACGUAGCUGGUGAAUUGGAUAGGCAAAUCAGGAAACCAAAUCUUUUAGCUGUUAAUUACCAAGUAAAACUGGUCCACUCUGCUGAAAAGAGGUUAUCCGAUUCCCCGCAAUAGAUAUCCCAUCCGCAUACCAUGGCUUCCGUCAAGUAUUGUGGCGCCAUCCUUUUUUUCAUACGAUAAACAAACACAAGGGUAUUGUACUCGAUUCGUUGCUUCAUCGACAUCCAUUGCAAACAUUCGAGCAUGCUCCGUCGAGGCGUCAAUCGAUCACACUUUAGUAUCAGCCGCAUUAUUUUGCUUUGUAGUACACUAAAUCCCCCAUGUGCGCUCUUUUUGGGGGGGCGCACACCGGGGGAGAGCGCAAUUCGGGGGAGCGUUAUAUCGGAGUUUGAGCGCAAACGGGGGGAGCGUUAUUUCGGGGUUUGAGCGCAAAUCGGGGAGCGUUUUCUUUUAAUGUACUUUAUUUACAUAUAAAUGAAAUAUUUAUAUAAGGGGUCAUCCACAAAACACGGGUAAGGGACCAUCCACAAAUCUAGGUAUCCAAGAACUCCCGGAAGUCAUGCCCUAGAUAUCUACUUGAUCAACGGGUCUAUUUGGGUGAACUAACCAUCGGUAUAGCUUCAGAUAGCUUCAGUGAACCACGAUGGAUACACUUCGCCAUGUUGGAUUGUUAUGGGUCCUCCAGAAACUCCCGGAAGUUAUGACCGGAUGAUCUACCUGAUCAACGGGGGUCUAUAUGGGUGUAUUAACCAUCGGUAUAGCUUCAGGUAGCUUUAGUGAACCACGAUGGAAACCCUUCGCCAUGUUGGAUUGUUAAGGUUGGCGACCUUUGCAGAUGUGGCAGUAUGAGAUUUUGGGGUUGGUUUGGGGCAAGAUGGCUUGGUGGCGCUUUGCUCCUUUGCUGAGCUCAAGACGCGCGAAAUUUUGGGAACGUUCAAGGACUUGGCACUCGGUUUUCAGAAAUUGCAAUGCUUGGUUAAAGUCUGACAACUCACCUUGUUUCUGCGUCCUUUCCCACUGCUGUCUACACAGAAAAAAAGGGUAAAAUUACACGACACUGAAUUGAUGUUUCUCAUUUUAAUAACCUUAAUUUAAAAUUGACAUUCAUCGUAAAGUGUUAAAUCACACCUAAAGAGGGUUCAUGUAAACUGAAAUUAAACGUAAAGCGUGUUUCUCAUGUAAACGAUAUUGAAUUUGUUGCCUUUUGCCAAAAUUUGAAUUAUGAAAAGCAUGUAAAUUAUAAUUCAUCGUAAAUUUUGCCCCAUGUAAAAGUGAAAGAAACACAAAUUUCAGUGGAAACCUUAGCUGUUGUUAUUGACAGUUCAUUAUUAUUUACGGUUGGUGGGGAACGGUGCUGGAGUGUUUUGAAGAGAAAUGGCCAGUUUGGCUGGAAACAUAAGGGAUGUAUCAUUUUGUUUACGAAUCAUUAUACGGAUGAUCAUUUUGUAUACGAAUAAGUAAAAAAGAACACUCAAUUAUGAUUGUUAAUGGAUUUGUUUUGAAUAGAUGAAAAAGAUGCCAACAAAUGCCAAACAAAGCAGUUUUUUUGUAGAAGUUUGAAUGUACAACAAAUUACAUGUUUUGCUGUAAACAAAACUUGAAUGGCCUUCCGGAGGUUGUCAACAACGGUAGGAAUGCAAAUGCAAGAGUUGUUUUCAUCGUGCCGGUCCGAGCUCAUCAAAAUCAAAACAUUCUUGCUGGAAGCUGAUUCUUCCGAAGCAAUCUGAUGUUUAUGGGCAGAAUUCCAAUGCUCCUGGCUGAAUCGCAGCGGGAUGAACGAGUAAGUAAAUUUUGGUUCUGAUUAAUACUUAAAAAUUAAUUUUAGUUUCUGCAGCUGCUGACACUGUCCCCUGAGAGCAGGUGCCGUCUCAGUUUCCUUGACUACCAGCUGCUUCUUGCUGCGGUGGCCGCGAACUCCGUCAGCAUCCUUUUCCGGGUUUCUUCGUCGGCGGAGGCACGAACGGUACGGGCAAGUUUGUCAAAGGCAACGGCACCUUAACGGUGGCUUCACAUCAUCGUCCGGUAGAUCGCUUGGUCGAAAGUUCCUUCAGCUUUAGCCAUCAAAACAUCCGGACCGGGUGGAUGAUAUUUUGCACGAUCGUGACCGAUGGAGUUGCUGCGGGUAAUUUUGCCUCGGUUCACAUCCGUAUCAGAUUCUUGUCUCAUUCCUACUGGUAAGAAUCAAAAAUCAAAUUAUUCGCUCUACAGCAUUGCCUUGGCGUUCUCGAUUGCGAGAUUCCUACUCGAAACUAGGUGUUCGAAGGCUUGAUUGGUGAGGCAAUUGCAAACCUCUUUUUACACCUU